GAACGAAAUCAGGAAGUGAGAGAACUGAGAGCCGGCAGCGAGCUGAGCUGAGUGUGGGCCUCUGCUCCCAGUUCUCCCAGCUCCCAGGGUGGCACGCGGCGACUUCAACUGGCCCGUCUUCAGGUUCCCAGGGCCCGUGGCCACCAGGAUGCUAUGGGCGCUGCCCAUGAAUGACAACAAGCCCUGAAAGCUCGGGGGGCGUCACGCAGUCCCACAAGCCUGCAUGCCCCACAGCCGAGAUGGGAAGGUGGCCGGCCAGCUGGGAGCAAGAGAUGCAGAGCACCGUCAAUUACCUGUGGCACACGGAUGACCUGCUGGGUCAGGGGGCCACUGCCAGUGUGUACAAGGCCCGAAACAAGAAAUCCGGGGAGCUGGUUGCUGUGAAGGUCUUCAACACGGCCAGCUACCUGCGACCCCGCGAGGUGCAGGUGAGGGAGUUUGAGGUCCUGCGGAAGCUGAACCAUCAGAACAUCAUCAGGCUCUUUGCGGUGGAGGAGACGGGGGGCAGCCGGCAGAAGGUGCUGGUGAUGGAGUACUGCUCCAGCGGCAGCCUGCUGAGUGUGCUGGAGAGCCCUGAGAACGCCUUUGGGCUGCCCGAGGACGAGUUCCUGGUGGUGCUGCGCUGUGUGGUGGCCGGCAUGAACCACCUGCGGGAGAACGGCAUCGUCCACCGAGACAUCAAGCCUGGGAACAUCAUGCGCCUGGUUGGGGAGGAGGGGCAGAGCAUCUACAAGCUGACGGACUUUGGGGCAGCCCGGGAGCUGGAUGACGACGAGAAGUUCGUCUCGGUCUACGGCACCGAGGAGUACCUGCACCCUGACAUGUAUGAGCGGGCGGUGCUUCACAAGCCCCAACAGAAAGCUUUUGGGGUCGCCGUGGACCUCUGGAGCAUUGGGGUGACCCUGUACCAUGCGGCCACUGGCAGCCUGCCCUUCGUCCCCUUUGGAGGGCCCCGACGCAACAAGGAGAUCAUGUACCGGAUCACCACGGAGAAGCCAGCCGGGGCCAUUGCAGGCACUCAGAGGCUGGAGAACGGGCCCCUGGAGUGGAGCUACACACUCCCCAUCACCUGUCAGCUGUCCAUGGGGCUGCAGAGCCAGCUGGUGCCCAUCCUGGCCAACAUCCUGGAGGUGGAGCAGGCCAAGUGCUGGGGCUUCGACCAGUUCUUUGCGGAGACCAGUGACAUCCUGCAGCGAGUUGUCGUCCACGUCUUCUCCUUGCCGCAGGCCGUCGUGCACCACGUCUACAUCCACGCGCACAACACGAUAGCCAUCUUUCUAGAGGCCGUGUACAAGCAGACCAACGUGGCCCCCCAGCACCAGGAGUACCUCUUUGAGGGUCACCUCUGUGUCCUCGAGCCCAGCGUCUCAGCACAGCACAUCGCCCACACGACAGCAAGCAGCCCCCUGACCCUGUUCAGCAUGGUCAGCGAGACCCCCAAGGGGCUGGCCUUCAGGGACCGGUGUAGAAGGCAGAUCUGGGUUCUAAUUCUGCAUACGCCUCUGAAAUGCCAUGUGACUCGGGCUGGUGGCCUGCCCAACCUGCUUCGCAGCGUCCAAAGAUCUGGGAAAGAAACUCCAGUGGAAACAGGGAGAUGUGGAUUCAAUGUGGUCUCCACAGUCUGUGCUGCUCUGGACAUCCCCAAGUUUGUCCCCAAAGUGGACCUGCAAGCAGAUUACAACACGGCCAAGGGUGUGUUGGGUGCCGGCUACCAGGCCCUGCGGCUGACACAGGCCUUGCUGACAGGACAGGAGCUGAUGCUUCGGGGGCUGCACUGGUUCGUGGAGGUACUCCAGGCCACGUGCAGGCGGACGCUGGAGGUCACGAGGAUGGCCCUCCUCUUCCUCAGCAGCAGCCUCAGCACCGAGAGGUUCAGCAACGUGGCUGGGGUGCCUGAGAUCCAGGAACUGAAGAGGGCCGCAGAGCUGAGGUCCAAGCUGCGGACCUUGGCUGAGGUCCUCUCCAGAUGUUCCCAUAACAUCACAGAGACCAAGAUGACCCUGAGCAACCUGAGCUCUGAGCUGAUGAAGAACCGGGAUCAGGUACAUGCGGACAGAAGCAUCCAGCAGAUUCAGUGCUGUUUGGACAAGAUGUAUCUCAUUUACAAACAGUUCAAAAAAUCCAGGAUGAGGCCAGGGCUUGGCUACAACGAGGAGCAGAUUCACAAGCUGGAUAAGGUGAAUUUUAGUCAUUUAGCCAAAAGGCUCCUGCAGGUGUUCCAGGAGGAGCGUGUGCAGAAGUACCAGGCAUCCCUGGUCACGCAUGGCAAGAGAAUGAGGGUGGUGCAUGAGACCAGGAACCACCUGCGCCUGGUGGGCUGCUCUGUGGCCGCCUGUAACACAGAAGCCCAGGGAGCCCAGGAGAGCCUCAGCAAGAUCCUUGACUGGCUAUCUCACCAGCUCCUGCAGGACAGAACAAAGGGGGCUCAGGCCUCACCACCCACUACAGCUCCUUAUCCUAGCCCUGCACUAAAGGACCUGGUUCUCCACAUGCAAGAGCUCUGCAAGGAGAUGAAGGUGCUGGCGUCUGACCUCCAGGACAACAACCGCGUCAUCGAAGGGUUAAGUAGGGUCCCAUCGGCUCCUGACAUCUGAACUCUGGGGGGUGCACGAGGAAUCCUGAAGCAUUAGAAUCGUUCAGACACUGCUCUCCUGCCUGCACUGGGGGACCCAACACAGGACGAUACCUGGUCACAUCUCAUCAGCCUACCUCUCUCCUGCCUGACGGCCAGGAGAUUUUGCCAGCAUUACCUUCCACUGCCUCUCUUCGGGAAGCAGCACAGCAGGAUGUGGGGCACCAGGCCAUCUCUGGAUCCUGGCCCCACUGCCCAGGCUGACCUUUGAAUCUUACGUGGACUCAGGUACAGCUCCUCUGUUGCCCUGGCCUGUAUAGCUGAACCUGGCCGGGCUGUGGGGAGAAGAGGCUCCGAAAGCCCCUGCCUCCCACCCGCUCUGGUUUACGGGGCUUUACUCCUCAGGGAACAGAAGACGAGGCCUCCUGGGGUCAAACGACCUCAUCUCAGUCUUCCUUCCUCUUAAGGUGUUCUACACUGAACACACAGCCCUCUCCCUGCUCCCACGAUAUCUGAGGGUUACCACACGUGGCCCCAGGCAGGACAGAGCCCAAGUUCCCUUCUCCUCUGGUCUGGCUGACCCUAAGACUGAGGAAGCAUGUGGUCGAGGCCGGAUGCCGGUGUCUCGGGGACCCUUUCCCCUGUCCCUCUGAGGCACUACCAGGUUCUGGGGUUUGUAGCCAGCAGUGUCAACAGUAGCCGUGCCAAUUAGCACAGGCCCAUAAGUCCAGAGCCCUGAGGAAAUCAAGGCCCACAUCUUCAAGAAGUGAAAUAAACUUGACAUUCUUUUCCGUCUGA